GCCAGCGGCGACUGCGCUGCUCUCUUAACCAUUUGGAGCCCCAUUCAAACGUUCGCCUCUUGCCAUUCCAUUUCAUCCGCUCAUCCGUCGACAUCCACUUGCGUUUUUUGCGCCCUGCGAGAGGGAGAGCCAUGUGAAACGGGAGCAGCGAAAAACCGCCCACUACCACUACCAAUUCCCAUAUUCCCAUAUUCCACGCUAUCCCCAGCUCAGUUCGUGUCGUGUGAUCAAAGCUUUCGGUAAGGCUUCGGCUCGGCUUCGUGUAUCCACCUUUGGGCUCUCUUCGGCGCGGCGCUCGCUCUCUUCUUGGGGCUCAGGGACAACAAUGCGGUAAAAUGGCUUCUGCGUCGACGUCGACAUCCCUGCCGAUUCAGUUCUGAUUGGAGGUUCGUGCGCGGCGUUUCCUCAGCUGUUUUCGUGCCUUUUAGCCUUUUGCCUUUGCCUUUUGCAUUCCGCUUUCGGCUCCGUGUUCGCCUCCAUUGCCAAUUACGUGUAACCAACAACAACAACAACAAGAGCGGCGAAAGAAACAGAAACAACAACAAGUGCGCUCGAGUGUUGCAAGCCUUCUUGCGCCGAAGAAACCGCAAAACGGAUUACCAAGAAUCUUCGUAGAAUUGCACGCCCUGGAAUAUAUGUUUUAAAAGCUGACAGGCCCCAAGGAGUAAGAAUCCCAGCCCAGGACGACCGAAGGACCUUAGAUGUACCCAGGGCAGACAUACAGCCCCACUUGCAUGAGGACAUAGACCGCGAUCGCACACCCACUCGCACACCGCUUCGUGACGCAACCACAGCCUCCCAAUGAAGAUGGCAUCCCAACGCUUCUGUCUGCGGUGGAACAACCACCAGAGCAACCUGCUGUCCGUAUUCGACCAGCUGCUCCACGCAGAAACCUUCACAGAUGUGACGCUGGCCGUCGAUGGGCAAUACCUGAAGGCACACAAGAUGGUGCUAUCCGCCUGCAGUCCCUAUUUCAAUGCCCUGUUCGUAAAUCACCCGGAGAAGCACCCCAUUGUCAUACUGAAGGAUGUGCCCUACUCGGACAUGAAGUCCCUGCUGGACUUUAUGUACAGAGGAGAGGUCUCCGUGGACCAGGAGCGACUCACUGCAUUCCUGCGCGUGGCCGAGAGCCUGCGCAUCAAGGGCCUCACCGAGGUCAACGACGACAAGCCCUCGCCGGCGGCAGCCGCAUCGGGCGCGGGGGCGGCGGGUUCCGAGAGCACGCCCACUCCUCCCCAGCUGCAGCGCAUCCAGCCGUACCUGGUGCCCCAGCGGAAUCGCUCGCAGGCCGGCGGUCUGCUGGCCGGUGCCACCAAUGCCGGAAACACUCCCACCCUGCCGGUGCAGCCGUCGUUGCUCAGCUCGGCCCUGAUGCCCAAGCGCAAGAGGGGCAGGCCCCGCAAGCUGUCCGGCAGCUCGAACGGCACGGGGAACGACUACGACGACUUCGACCGCGAUAACCUGAUGCACGACACCUCCGAUCUGGGCAAUGGCAAACUGGGCAACGAGUCUUACUCCGGCAACGACGACGGCUCCGACGACAAUCAGCACACUGCAGGACACGGGGAUGAUCUGAAUGAAAGUCGCGACUCUCUGCCCUCGAAGCGAUCAAAGAACUCCAAGGACCACCGCGCGGCGAGCCAGCACGAGGACAACAGCACUUCCGAUGGCAACGACAGCGACGGCGAAGGACUGGACACCUCUUACAUGGAACCUCAACUCAUGCUGGACGAGUACGACGAGCCCGUCGAGUUCAAGUACAACCCGCUCACCGACAACAGCUCGCCCACGCAGGACCAAGCGGAUGGCAGCCACCUCAACGAGCAGGCGCGCCAACAGGCCUUCCUCAUCGCCGCCCAGCGGAAGCACCAGGCGGACGCAGCUGCAGCGGCAGGCGGCGGAAUCAAACUUAACAUUAUCGGAAUGGCCGCUGGCGGAGCGCAGGUGAAGAGCAUGGUCAGCAUACCGAAGCUGACGCCCAUUGGCAAGGUGAACGCCGCCUCCACGCCACUCGUCUCGCCCGCCGGCUCCUCCUCCAUGGCCUCUGUGAAGCCGCGUGUCCAGAAGCGGCCCAAGCUGGCCAAACAGAACGGCGACGUGAAGCCGGCCGUGUUUUCCAGCCAGGAUUACCUCGACAUUUACAACAGCAACGACGGCUUCAAGUUCAAGGCCGCCGGUCUGAGCGGGAGCACGCCGAACCUGAGUGCCGGAUUGGGAACCCCGUCGGUUAAGACCAAGCUGAACCUGAGCAGCAACGUGGGCGAGGGCGAGGCGGAGGGCUCGGUGAGGGACUACUGCACCAAAGAGGGCGAGCACACGUACCGCUGCAAGGUCUGCUCCCGCGUCUACACGCACAUCAGCAACUUCUGCCGGCACUAUGUGACCUCGCACAAGCGCAACGUGAAAGUGUACCCGUGUCCCUUCUGCUUCAAGGAGUUCACGCGCAAGGACAACAUGACGGCGCACGUGAAGAUUAUCCACAAGAUCGAGAAUCCCUCGACGGCGCUGGCCACCGUGGCGGCAGCGAACUUGGCCGGCCAGCCGCUGGGCGUUUCAGGGUCCUCGACGCCUCCGCCGCCGGAUCUGAGUGGCCAGAACUCGAAUCAGUCGCUGCCCGCCACCAGCAAUGCGCUCUCCACCUCCUCCUCCUCGUCGACGUCCUCGUCCAGCGGAUCCCUGGGACCGCUGACGGCGUCCACAGCCCCGCCAGCACCAGCAGCCGCGGCGCAGUAAUCUCCGGAGCGCCCACCUCACCGAGCCCAAAAAAGCACACACUCAAAGAAAAGGUGGAAAGUGGAGGUUGAGGCAGCCGCCAGCGAUUGGAGGAAGCAUGCAGCGCCAGGCGCUCUUCGGGAUUUUUUUGUUGUUGGGGAGGGAAGUUAAAGUAGAUUUUUUGUUGAUUUUGUUUUUAGUUUUUUACUUGGCCUCGACGGAGUGGCGGAAAUCUCCGGAGCCAGCAGACGUUUUAUGUUGUGCAAUUUACUUCAUCAGUUACAAUUACGAUUAUUUUCCGGACCCCUUUUCAAAGACCCGACCAGAACGCAAUGCUAUCUAAUCCUACCAACUACCCCUAAGAUGUACGAUUAUUAUUUAUCCCGGCCGGCGACGGCUCGUCGGUCGCUCUUCAUUAGCGCGUAGUCAAAGACCCAAAAUCAAACAAUUUGUGGCCGACACUUUAGAAACCCAUCCAUUAGGGUUGCCUUUUAUUGGACACCAGAGCGGCCUUAUUGCGAAGUGUAUCCGGGCAAGAGUUACACUAAAAACCGAAACUAAACCUGCACUUUUAGAUAAUUAAACUAUAUAUACACACAGAUAUGUUAUACAUAAUUAUACAAAUAAUAUAUAAACAUUGAAUGGUAUGUCUAGCUGUAGUUCUAUUGAUUAAUUUAUCAUUAUCACUAUGUUCGAUACGCUAAUGUUAGUGCUACACAUAUUCAAGCCGAACUCUGAAAACGGAGGAGGAGAAUCCAUGUAAUGUUAAUCAUGCGAGAGGGAGCGCAGAUCUACCUUGUUGCCUUCAAAUGAAGCUAGUUAAAAGUUAACCCGGGGCUGGGCCAAGGUCGUCGGACCACCAGCACCCGCCCACCCUCAAACACCCGCUGACCCACACAGUUCCCCCAACAUCCGAGUCCCGGCGAAGGAUUGAAAAUGUUUCGUCGGGACGUCGAUGAGGUGUGACUACAGAUACAACAGCAACAAUAGUUGUAACGAAACGCUAAUAUUAGUGAGCAUAAAGUAACCUAAUUUAUCAUCUAUCAAACGAUUUAUGUUGUAUAUCGGAGGCUUAAAUUAUCGCCAAAGAAAAUGAAAAUCUAAAACAAACAAAAUGCAGUUGAAAUCCAACAGUAACAGCGAGCAGCCCGCAGAACAGUGUAAAAUUACAAAAUAUUGUUGUUAAUGCGAAACGAUCUCCAAACAAAAUAAGCACUUGAAAAGUAGACAACAAGUAAUUCCUCAAGUCAUGUGAAACGUUCAAAUUUGUUGCAAAUCGAGAACCAAGAAGAACCAUUCAAAACUGCAAGCAAACCGACAGGCAAAAAGAAACUGGAGGAAAAUUAAGCGCAAUCAAAUAAUAAACAAGCUGCGUACGCUAACUUAUUAAAUAAUUUUGUUUUUAAUUCUUUAUUUAGUGGUAGCUAGUGCAAUUUAGUCAGUAAGCCGCCGUCUCCCAAACACCGACUAACCAUCGCGAAUAUGUAUUUCCACCCAAUCAAGCAAUCAAUCAAUCAAUCAAUCAAUCAAUCGAUCCAACCCAAUCUUCCACACUUCUCUUUUGGCGUUAAUUUUAAACAAUCAAUCAAACACCACCAUGCAUAUUUAUUUGUGUGUACACUGUUUGUACUAUAUUUACUUUAUUUUUAGUCUACUUUUUAUAUGAAUAUAUUUACAUAUAUUUUGCAUUCAGCAACUAUACACCUUCAGCAAUUUUCUCGCUUUCAAAACAAAAUGUCCAACUCGAACCCGAACGAGGAAUAUAGCUACAUACACAGAGUCAUGCUUUGAUGCCCAAAGAAAAUGGAAAAUGAGAAUCGUAAUGCAAGGCAAAACUUCCAUGUGAGAAUGAGAAAAUUGUCUGGAAUUGUUGGUAAACAUGGUUUCCGUUUAAACUAGCUAAUUACGAGACACACUUUACGAUAUAUCAUACGAUACGUUAAACAUAAUUACUAAAUAGUGAAUCACACGCAAUAUUAAUCAAGCAGAACAUUUAUAUAUUAUCGUUUAAAACUGACCAACAAAGGAAAAUAAAAUACACCAUGCAAAAACACUCGAAACAAUAUCAGUUCUGAAACACAAAA